AUGGAAGGGACAACUGGAGUGUCCCAAGAAAGGUCUGGCGAUGGCGAUGGCGUUGGAGCUGAGGGCAUGAAAGGCAUGCAUGUGGAGCAGCACUUCGAAACAGAAAGUGAGGGGAUGCCAUUGCUGACAGCAGAGCCAGACCAGGGCAUCCCAGAAGUGACUAGUGAAAAAUCGGACAGUUCAGCCGAAGAACUUGUACACAUGCCACUCAAAGAAGAGGAGCACGUGAUGCCUCUGAUCGGGCCUGAAACCUUGGUAGUCUUGGAUGAUUUGGAUGAAAGAGAUAAGCCCAGUAUUGAGGAUGUGAUAGUAGAAGGCUCUGAGUCUAACUCUCUGGGUUCUAUUCUGCCUGACCUACCGUCUGUAGCACCGCAUAGCUUUUCCGUAGCUUUGCCACUUACUUCCAGCCAAGACGAGUCCAGAAGUAUAAAGAGUGAGGGUGAUAUUACAACUGAAGUUGAUAGCAUUGCCGAAGAAUCGCAAGAAGGCCUGUGUGAGAGAGAAUCAGCGAACAGGUCUGAAGCCAGCGUUGCCUCUGGUACCUGUGGUAUAAUUACACGCGAGAGAAAGCGCAGAGCGAAGGGUCAGAAAAGGCCAAGCGAUGCAAAUAGUGUAUUAAUGACAAAAAAGCAAAAGCAAACUCCAAAGCGGACAAGUGCUGCAGCCAAAAGUGAAAAGAAUGGGGCAGGACAGAGCAGUGACAGCGAGGACCUUCCCGCCACGGACAGUUCCAGUAACUGCACACCAGUGAAGCACCUUAACCUGCCCAAGCCACAGAAGCUGCCACGUUCUCCUGCAAGAGUCUCCCUCCUCAAAGAUAGAGGGAAAGAGAAACACAGAGAAAAGCCUGCAGAUUCAUCCCCUAGAACAUACAAGUGGAGCUUCCAACUCAAUGAAUUAGAUAAUAUGAACAGUAUAGAGAGGAUCUCUUUUCUUCAAGAAAAAGCACAGGAAAUCAGAAAACACUACAUGUCUUUGAAAUUGGAAGUUGCAACCAUCGACAGAAGGAGGAAAAGUUUGAAAAGGAAAGAUAGAGAAGUGUCUCAUACAGGACCUUCUUCUAUGUCAUCGGCUUCAUUAGAAUGA